UCCUCCCUCUUCAAACCAAGCAACAACGAGCCUUCCAUCCACUCGUCAAGAGCAAGAAGCGAGCUCAGUUAGCUCAGCAGCAGAGCUCGCUCGCUCUCUCCCGAUCGGCAUCGAUCGAUCGACGCAUAGGUAGCUAGAUACAAUUAGAUUGUCGCCAGACAAUUCAACAAAGAGAAGAGAAGAAUAGCUAGCUAGGAAGAUACAAACUUUCUUUGGUAGGAACAGAGAAGAGAAAAGCAAGGCAAGGCAAAUGGAGAAGAUGAACAUGGUGGCGAGCAGGAAGCCCGGCGACUGGAGCUGCCGGUCGUGCCAGUACGUCAACUUCUGCAAGCGCGACGCGUGCCAGCGCUGCGGCGAGGCCAAGCUGGGCGGCGAGCGGACGGACUACGCCGCGCUGGGCGGCGACUGGGACGUCAAGCCCGGCGACUGGUACUGCUGCCGCUGCGGCGUCCACAACUACGCCUCCCGUGGCAGCUGCUUCAAGUGCUCCGCCGCCAAGAACGAGGCGGCCGCCGCCGUCGCCCAGGGGUGGGGGUUCACCGUCGCCGGCCAGGCCGGGAUGAAGCCCGGCGACUGGAUCUGCCCAAGACUGGGCUGCAACGUGCAGAACUACGCCAACCGAACGGAGUGCUUCAGGUGCAAUAUGCCCAGAUCAUACUACGGUUGAUCGGGCAACUACACAGCAGAGAAAUCAAAAGCAGAAAAACGAAAAAAAAUAAUUGUACGAGAUUGAAGAGCAAUUGAUGAUCGUCAACGAUCGAUCGCCGCAUCACGAGGACAUUUUUCCUUUCUUUUUUUUUUUCUUUUGAAUGAGUGUAAGCGACCCUCGACAACUCCAGGAGGGUUAGUCAUUUGGAAGAGCAGCAACUGAAGCUAAAAAGGAGAGGAGGAUCUGUGAAAGUAAUUAGAAAAAGGAGCUAGUGUGACUGAUGCCAACAGUCAGUGUCUUCUUUGUCCCGUCCUUUUUUCCAAUAAAAGCCGAGGUUAAAGAAAGGAAAAA